AUGUAUUCGCGUUGUAUUGGUCGUCAAAAACGUACAUUCUCAAAGUUUCUUCGUAUUUCUACUCAAGUCAAAGAAGCAUUGGCUAAUGGAGAAGGUGUUGUGGCACUGGAGAGUACGGUUAUAACUCAUGGGCUACCGUAUCCGCAUAAUUUGAGCACCGCCAGAAGUUUGGAGCAGAAAGUAAGAGCAUCUGGGAGCCAACCGGCAACAAUUGCAUUAUUCGAUGGAAAGAUCCAUGUCGGUUUAGACGAUGAGAAACUGGAAAAGCUUGCAUCAUGUCAAAAUGCUGUGAAAGUUUCCACUAGAGACAUUGCCAAAACUCUUAUAAGGAAAGAAGUCGGUGGGACUACUGUAGCGUCCACCAUGAAAAUCGCGCAUGCUGCGGGAAUCAGUGUUUUCGCCACAGGCGGCAUAGGCGGAGUUCAUCGCGGUGCUGAUCAAACAUUCGACAUUUCGGCGGAUCUCCAAGAGCUUUCGAAAACUCCAGUCUGUGUAGUGUGUUCCGGUGUGAAGAGUAUUUUAGAUAUCCCAAAAACAGUGGAGUACCUGGAGACGCAUUCUGUGAACUGUGUGGUUUAUGGAGAAGAAAACGUGUUUCCCAGUUUUUUCACCAGAAAAUCAGAUAGAAAGGCUCAAUUCAAUACGCAAAGGUUAGAGGAAGUUGUGGAGUUGAUAAAAACAUCAAAAUCAUUGGGACUUCCUUAUGGUACAGUACUGGCAUGUCCGAUUCCAGAAAAGUAUGCAGCUGAUGGCGAUGUUAUACAGAAGGCGAUCGAUCAAGCAGUCAGGGAAGCGAUAGAUCAAAACAUAGCAUCCCAAAGCGUCACUCCUUUCAUUCUUGCUCGAGUCAAUGAACUCACUCAAGGAGCUUCAAUGGCAACAAACAUUGCCCUUCUUGAAAACAAUGCUUCUAUCGCCGGAAGGUUAGCUGCGAAAUUAUGCGACAGACGUCCAAUAGCCAUCUCUCAAAUGAAGAAGAAUUCGUCGAUUCCGAUUAAACCGAAAGUUGUGUCAAUCGGAGCAGCAAUCGUAGAUUUCGAAGCAAUCACAAGUGAAGAUGUGAAGGACGAUGGAGGUUCGUAUAACGGACAUAUAGUUCAAAGAAUGGGCGGAGUCGCCAGGAAUCAUGCGGAGGCGUUGGGGAGCCUUGGUUGCGACUCUAUCUUUAUCUCCGCCAUCGGUGACGAUUCGAAUGGUCAAUUCUUCCGACAGAACAGUAAAAAAAUGGACAUAACUCGUGUCAAAGUGAUAACCAAUAAGCCUACUUGCACCUAUCUGGCAGUGAAUGUUCGUGGAAAUGUCAAGUAUGGAAUAGUGACUAGUGAGCCGCUGUUGAGAACUCUGACUCCUGCAUUGAUCGAAAAGAAUGAAGACGCUCUGGAAACUUCUGACUUCAUACUUCUCGAUUCAAAUCUUCCGGUGCCCUUGAUGACGAGAGUGUUGGAGAUUGCAAAGAAACAUGAGAAACAAGUCUGGCUCGAACCAACCGACAUUGACAAAGUGAAAAAGGUGUUUGCCACUGGGCUAGUCGACGCAGUGACAGCCACGUCACCAAAUGCGAACGAGUUUCUGGAAUGGGCGAAACUGUGUCAAGUAGCUGUAGAUCCGUCAGUUGUGAAUUCAGCGGAUAGUGUACUUGAAUUGAUAGAGAAGGAGAAGACACGACUUCUUCUGAAUACCUCUUUGUUUGUGGUGACGCUGUCGAAUAAGGGAUCGGCAGUAGUUUAUAGAAACAACUUGGGUCAACUGGAGUUCCAAUCCCUCCCUCCACCUAUUCAAAUGGAUAAAAUUGUUUCUGUUUCAGGAGCUGGUGAUAGUUUUAACAGUGGAGUUAUCGCUGGAUUGACACAUAACAAGACAGUAGUUGAAUCGUUGAGGAUUGGUCAAGAAUGUGCUCGACUCACUCUUCAGACAUCACUGGCCACUUCGGAAGCGAUCAAUUCACAAAUGUUGAAAUAA